UUUUGCUGUCAAAACACAUUUUCCAUUUUGCCUUGAAAAUGGAAUUAUUGCGAUUUUGCCCAAUGAAAAGUGAAAAACUCCCUCUCAAGUUGCUAUCACUUCGGUCAGGGCAGGUAGAGCUUUGCACUGGAAUGACUCACAUGGGAUACAAUUGUGGAAUUUGUGCAGAAAUGCUGCAUUUGUGAUUUUUCUGUCCACCUCCUUUGCCCCUCCAAAACAGAAAAAUAAAUUGAAGUGCGAACAAAGUACCCAGGAAGUUUGUGUGAAUCGGUCUGGAUUUUCGUGCCUUGAGUUUCUGGGUUUGAAAGAGGGAAAACAUUGGGCCGAAAGUGUACUUGGGGAGUGAUAAAAAUGCUGCCAAUGCAGUCAAAUAGAGUUUUGGGUGAUUUUGUGUGAUAAGUGUUGCAGAGGGAGGGAGAUUUGAACAGGGAGCCCCCGAGAGACUUCUCCCCUGAAUCUUCACACCCAGUUUGAGUGUGGAAAAAGUCACAGGCUGCUAUGACUGAAUCAGCGAAUUUGCUGGAGCUGUGCUAUAAUUAAGGGGAGAGAGUGAGCGAGACAUUCACCUCGGAAUCCUUGAGGUUAAUAUCGCCAGAGAUUAAAGAGACAAAAGCUUUUGUGGGGGACAAUGCUGAAGAUGGAGAUUGUCUACCUCAUGUCACUGACAGUGCUGGUGCACGAGAUUGCGGGGGAUAUUCUCGUGUAUCCGCAGUAUGCCAAUCAGAUUGUGGCUCAAUUUCACGAUAUGCCUGCGCAUUUUGGGCCCUCCUUCUCAUCGCCGGGACUUAAGGCAGUGGCCAUCAAUGCCACUCCGGCUAAUGCCUGCACGGCACUCGAUCCGCCACCGGCGGUGCUCAAUGACUCCCAUCCAACCAAGUACGUGGUUCUGGUGGCCAGGUACAACUGCAGCUUCGAGGAUAAGAUCAAGAAUGCUCAGAAGGCCAACUUUGAUGCUGUGAUUGUCUACAAUGUUGGCAGUGAUGAGCUGGAGCAGAUGUCAGUUAAGGAUCCGGAUGAAAUAUUCAUUCCGGCAAUGUUUGUGGGCGAAAAUACGGGAAAGAUCAUCCUGUACAACUAUCUCUAUCAGGAUGGCUAUGUGCUGGUGCUCAAUGAUGAUCUGCCCUUCAAUAUCAACACCCACCUCAUCCUUCCAUUUUCCAUUGUGGUGGGUUUGUGCUUUGUCAUCAUGAUUGGAUUCAUGGUGGUGAAGUGCAUCCGCGAGCAGCGCCGCCUGCGACGCCGUCGAUUGCCUAGCAGUGUCCUCCGCAAAAUUCCCACAAUUAAAUUCACCAAGCACGACAACUACGAAACCUGUGCCAUCUGCCUCGAUGACUACGUCGAGGGAGAACGGCUACGGGUACUGCCAUGUAGUCAUGCCUAUCACACCAAGUGCAUUGAUCCGUGGCUGACGAAGAAUCGUCGCGUGUGUCCCAUCUGCAAGCGGAAGGUUUUCGGGAGGGGUGAGCGGAGGCGCCCCAGGAGACAACGAUCGUCGUCGGACAGCAUGUCCUCGUCGGAUGUAGAUGACACUACGCCACUACUCAAUCCCGUGGGAAAUGCAUCACACGGGACUUUUGGCUCUGCUGGUAGCCGGGGAAGAGGUCCAGCAGAGCCACGCGCCAACGAGGGAGUUCCACCGAGGGUGAAUCCCUUCGAUCGUGUCCCGAAUCUCCCUCCGCAGGUGGCCUUCAAUGAAACAGCUGGACCACCUUACCUGGGUUUUCUACUCAGAUUCUUCCGGAGAGGCCAGUUACCGCCAGAUGCACCAGCUGCCGGUCCCAAUGCUGUGGCUAGUGAGAGUCAGAUGGAGAGGGGUGAACGGAGGAUUGGGAUUCCAGUUCGAUCAGCUUCCAGCAAUAACAUUUUGAAUGCCAAUUUGAGUGGAUCGCUGAGGAGUGAAGAUGAUGACAGUGACGGACCAAUUUUUGCUUCGGCAGCGCUGAGGAGGCCACAGCUGGAGCCAGUAGCUGCUCCGGCGGGCGGCAGGAUUGGCGUGGCUGCUCUGCCAAAUGCAAAUUUCUCGGUGCAGCAGCAGCAGCCGCAGAGGACAAGGAGAUCCAGGAGGAAUCGACCAUCAUCCCUCAAUACCAACCACAGCGAUGACUAUGUCGUGUGAUCAGAUGCGAAUCGCCCUCGCUCCCUCGCAGUUCACCUGCAAUCCCUGACGCCGGAUAAGAUGGUGAUGAGAUAUGAGAUAAUUGCUAAUAUUGUGGAAAUAAAGAGAACGUGCAGAAAGUGUGUGUACAUUGCGGGGAAGGAGGACUUUUUGAUAACGGAAAAAAUGGAAAAUAUUUUAUGAUUAUUGUGAUUUUAAAUUGCGAUUUUAAAAACUAGUUGUCCGCAGAGGAGGAAAAAAAAGGCAAAAGAGAUAGAGAUAGAAAUUCUCCCCUAUCGUAUAUGAACAUAUAUGUAAACUACAUUAAAAGUGAAAUGAACUUUUUUCUUUUCUUUUUUUUUUGAAUGAAAACUGAAUUGAAUGAGAAAAGAAAUCCAAAAAAAAAUAAUUAUGAAAUAAUGCUUAAUAAGAGAGUUGGGAGCUAGAGGAUUAUUUUAUGAAAUUUUCCGUUGUUACUAAUCAUAGUGUAAAAUUCUGUGUAAUUGUUACAUCUAGAAGUCGAAAUUUAAUAUUAAAAAUGCAACAUAAUAAACCUUUUCCAUUCAA